AUGGCUACGAGAAGUCGACGAAGUGCAGCGAGAAGUGAUUCACUGAAUCCUGCAAUGAUACAUUUGUAUGAUACCGGGAGAUUGCGGCAAGAGCUGAAACAACGAGGUUUGGAUACAACAGGUAAUAGGAAUAUACUGGCAGAUAGAUUGCAGGAGGCUGUACUUUCGGAGCGCAACAGUCGCCAAACAUAUUCUCCACCACCCCAAACAGAAAAGUCUGGAAAAAGAGGAAUGAAAAGAUUUUCGAAAGGAAACAUAUCUUCAAUCGAUCAAGUUCAAAUGGAAGCAGAACGGAGUUUUCUGCCGCAUUGGGUACCUGAGGCUGUAAAAAUUAACGAAGAUCCAACUUCCAUUUCGCAAGCCAAAGUGUUUCCAACUUUAAUCGAGAAAAUGCAUCCGAAAGUAGAAUUUGAAACCGAAAUAAUGCCAUCAGAUAAAAAAAAUCCAGAACUUAAAAUUCGUAUUCGAAGUCCAAAGAAGAAUUCACCAUUUAUCGACAAAUAUCAACGAGCUAAACACGAAAAGACAAUUGGUAACGCAAGGGAGUUAGCCAACGAUGAGCACAGCAAUUCUAGUGAUGACGAAGAAUUAAAAUGGCUCAAUAAAACACGUCGAGAAAAAAGAACAAGAAAAGUAUUAUUCGAGGAAAGGCAAGCGACAUCAGUUGAAGAUAUUUUUGUAAAUGAAAAAGGGCAGACGGAAUCCUCUUCUGGGAAGCUACUUACUGAUGACAAACUACACGAUAGAGAAAGUGAAGAAGAUAUAGAUCGAAGCUCGAAAUCAUCUUCCAUGGAAUCAGGGAAAUUCGAAAGUGUCAAUUCGAAGGAGAAGUUGGAAAAAUCAUCAAUGCAAAAAAGUUCCAUAAAAUUGAAAUUCAAAACUAGUCUUUUGAAAUCUUCUAUUGAAAGAACAUUAGAGAUGAAGAAGAAGGAAACUCCUUCAAGCUUGGGAGAAGUGUCAGCAAAAGACGGGAAAUCACAUAGUGAUGCAACAAUAGUCACAUCAGGACAGUCAGAAAAGUUGAGGCUAACAUCUACUCCAUCAAUAUCAUCUAGUAGUGAAAAAACAAAAGAGCAUGUUCCUCGUAAAAAAAUUCCUUUAAGAAUGCAAGCACCUAUUGAUGUGUUGGAUUCAAUUUUCGAUAAACAGGUAUUCAUUAUUGUGCUGAAAUGUGUUUUUUAUACGUAUUUUGUCUUGCAGGCCCAGCUUUUGUCAAGUAAAUAUAAAACAGAACAAGAAAGAGCCCUUGAGAGGCAAAAAUUGGAAAUGGAAAAACGGCGACAAAAUGCGGCUUCUCUUACAGCAUUAUCUGUCACAUCUUCUACAGCAUUGGAGAAACGCCGAUCUGUGGAUUUCAUACUUCCUAAUAGACAUCCACAAGAGCUUACUAUCCCUCAGCAAGAGACAACAUUAUCAGUGCUUAGCAAUAAUCAGCAGCAGUCUCCUCGCCUAGCAUCUGAUUUUCGCAGUAAUCCUUCAUUUCCAUUGGACGUUACGCUAGGAAGCAUCAAUAUGGAUGAAAAACGCUUGCUAGCACAGCUUCCACCACCUCCAUUACCACCGCCUCUGUUAUCUGAUCCCAUUAAAUCACCAGUGUCACGGUCCACGUCACAAAGCGACAACAGUGUAUCUGCUGAACAUUCAUUGCAUGAUAAUAUCGACGAAACAAUUAUGGAUCAUGAUGUUUUAUCUUCUAAUACGCCAACUGUUUCGUGUUCAACAACUUUGCCAUUGCCUACUAAAACCUUUCCUUCAACAUGUCUAACGCAUGCUGAAAUCAUGCAUUCUUUUGAAGCAUCGACUUCAUCCACUUCUACAAAACUGGACUCAGAACGAAUAAAAGAAAUGGCUUCAGCUCUACAAGCCGUAUUUGCUCGCCUAGGAAGCACUUCAGUCGUUUCUCAGCAAGUUGAUACGAGUGAAAUCAAUCUAUUAAGCAGAACUUCAGAUGUAACUAUAGAUUCAGACCUCUCUGUAGCUAAAGAAACUGUAGUAAUUUCUAGUACCGAAAAAUCUCCCAAUCCAAUCGAACGUUCGGAAGUUGUCGAAAAUAGCUCGAGUAAUAUCAGUCCAAGACGUGAUAUUUCAACAGACUCCACGGGCGCUCAUGAUGAAGCAGCAGAUCUUGCUCACACAGUUCUGUUGUCAUCAAGCAGCUCUAAUCAAGAACUAUGUAGUUCACUGCCUUCGCUAACAGUAACGUGUUCGGGUGAUACGACCGAGGAAUCUAUGCAAGAAGACACUGUCGCUUAUGUAGAUCAAAUUGUGGCGUUAGUUGUUGAAGAAUUAGUCUCUCUCACAACUAGCAGUAAUUCGCCAUCCUGUGAAACUCAUUCAGGAAGUAUGAACAAAGAGCUAACUAUGGGAAUAGAACGCGAAGAAUUAGAAAGAAAACCUGACAUAUCAGAAGAUUUGUUGCGAAAUCCGAGACGACUUUUGCAGAAAGCUAGUGAUGUGUUGAAAAGUUUGCACUCGCUAGAAAAAGCUGCUGAACAGGAAUCUGCAGAUAUUUUUAUUUCAGAAAAGCAAAAUUUGCAGCAGUAUGAGCAACUACCGUUGGAUGAAAAAUAUGAAGAUGACCACGUCGAAGAUAAACCACUGCCUGAUUUCCAUGGAGAACCGGUGCCUGAUUCAGAUGAUGAUAUUAUCAUUGAAGGUGUGACUCGGAAAAGACCGAUCAAAAAGAAUUUGGUGCAAGAAGAAGAACCAGUUCCCGGAGAUGAACAAAUUGAAAUUGACUUUUACAAUGCUGAUUUGAACGUCAAAGCAAGUGAAACUUGCCAAGAAGUGAUCGAUCCAGACAAUGGGGACGGUUUUGCGCUUAUGUGGGGUGGAGCGAAAUCGACAUAUGGCAUUCGCUUGGCUGGGAAUACUGCUGGCUUUCCAGCUAUUAUAUUUCAAAUUAGAGUUUGGAUUUUCCUUAAAUUUUAUUUUAGGCGUAUUUCAGGUGCUGAAUUCAUACAUCAUCAUUUGCAGCUUCUGGAAUGCUUGCCAAUCAAGCAUUUGCCUUUUGAAGAAACCGAUGCUCAUAAUGUUCGUGUUGGAUGGUCCAUUCAGAGUUCAGCAAAUAUUCUCGGAGAAGCACCUUACUCAUACGCUUACGAUUUAUUAGCAAAAAAAGCGACAAAUAAUUUGUUCUCAGAUUAUGGUGAACCCUGUCAAGUAAAUGAUGUGAUAACAUCAUGUUUGGAUUUGGCAUCAAGCAAGAUUCAUUUCUGGAAGAAUACGGAAUAUUUGGGAGUGGCCUUCUCGCAUGUAGAUUUCGAUGAGGAUGAUGUUAUUUUUCCUCAUGUUUGUACUAAAAAUUACAAGUUGUCGGUGAAUUACGGUGACAGUCAAUCUGAAGGAUGGAUAUCGAUGACAGAACUACAGAAGGAUAAAAAAUUUAACAUUGAUUCUUCACUCGUCUAUUUUAGCAAAUUAGACCGUUCACUACUUGUGCGAGGGAUGAUACCACCGUGUAGUAAAAAUGAAUGCACGGUGUUGAUGAUGGUUGGCUUACCGGGCGUGGGCAAGACAACUUGGGUGAGACAGUAUCUUCGCGAGCAUCCUAAAGAACAGUGGACUCUUUUGAGUACUGAUACAAUACUUUCAGCUAUGAAAGUUAAUGGAGUGCCAAGAAGUAGGGGUCGUUGGGAUAUGAUAAUGGGUUUGAUCGCGAAGGCACUUAAUCGCUCUUUACAUUUGGCUUGUAGAAGGCGUAGAAAUUAUAUUAUUGACCAAACUAACAUUUCAAGGGAAACAAGAAGACGGAAGCUAACACAAUUUAAAGAUUUUCAGCGUAAAUGUGUCGUAAUAAUUCCAUCAGAAGAAGAAAUGAUUUCCCGACAAAUGAAACAGUCGCGUAUGGAUGGUGCUGGACCAAUACCUGUCGAAGCAAUGCUAGAACUUAAGGCUAUGUUUUCAAUACCGAACGUUGAGACAGAACCAAUUGAAGACGUUUUCUUUGUUGAGCCACCGCUAGAGCGAAUUGGUGACGCAAUCGAUCUUGUUGCUCGAUUUAAUGAAGAAGCUCGUCCGUGGUGUCAGAAACGACGAGGACGUCGGGGAGAUUUGUUGCGUCAUAAUGAAUCACGUACAGGAAAUAAUUCCAGUACGAGAACAUUUAAUGGUUUGUAA